AUGCAGCUGAUGCAGCUGCACAGCCCCGCCAGCUGCGGCUGCACCGGGCCUGUGGAGGAAGGGGCGCUGGCGGCCCAGGCGCCUGCGCAGGGCCCAGGAGCAGCACCGCCCGCGGAGGGGCCCCAGGUGAAGACGCACCUGCGGGACAAGACCAUGCUGCCUGGGACGGUGGGCGGCACGGUGGGCGUCUGCAAUGCCAAGACCUCGACCAGGCGGAAAUCAAGCCUGAGCCGACUGGCCACCACCUGGGGAAGUCGUGGUGCCUAUAGAGCUUUUGUGGGAGAAUUGAAGCCUCACGACAAGCCUGUGCGGCGAGGAAGCAGAGCCACGGUGUGUCGUGGAGAUAGUGACCUGCCGGAGACGCGUGGCCGGCCGGGGCCGAGCUGGGGCCGAGCGCGGUCCGCGCGCCUCUGGGGUACGAGCUCUGACGCCAGGCCGGCCGCCGGGCCCGCCCUAUGUGUCUGUGUGCGUGUGUUUUUAGGUAUAUGGGACAGAUUGCUCAUCAACUCCAAGCCUAAUUCCAGGAAGAAUUCCGCUCUUCAAACAGUUCGGAUAGAGAGGAGCCCCUUAUUGGAGCAAGUACAGACCUUUCUCCCACAGAUGGCUCAGGCAAAUGAACAGCUGAGAAAAGACAUGGCAGCUGCACCACCUGGUCGUUUCAAUAUUGAAAAUAUUGAUGAGACUCUUGGAAAAGUUAUACAAAUGGAUGUGGCCCUGUUUGAGAUGGAUCAGUGUGAUUCAAAAGAAGAGGACAGUUCAGAAGAGAAUUCACAGGACAGUUCAGGGGACAGUUCAGAAUCUGAGGAUGAAGAUGACAGCACCGCUUCUGAAGUCACCAUAGAUAACAUCAAGCUUCCUCAUUCAGAAGGUGGGAAAGGCAAGAUAGAAGUUUUGGAUGGACCUGCCAGUAAAAGAAAGAAAUAGUGAAAUAAAUGAUCUACGCCUGCUAAUUCUGUGAGAAAAAAUGUGGCUGCUGGUUACUUUGCAUUUCAGGUAGAUGGCGCUUUUAUGUCACAUUGGAUGUGUGUUGUUUCUCGGAGAAACAAGCUGACUUUUAAAAAAGAGUUGGAAUAGGUAGCAUUUGGGAAUCCUCUAAGAGCAGACUGUUUUUGAUCUCACGCUGAAGAGAUUCGGUUUAGAAAGUUUAUUUUUGCUGAUGAGUGAAUUUGUUGGCCUCUGUUUUCGUCAGCGUGGAAUUCAGACAUGCCAAACUUAUUUCAAAGUAAAAAUAUAAAUCACCUGCUCAUUUUGUUUUAAAUUAUCAUCUCAGAUAAAACAACCUAGGCAGGGUUUUUUUUGUAUUAUAACAUCAAAUUAUUUGUUAGCAUCAAAGUGGGUUUAGUGAGGGAGAAAUUUUUCAGAGAAAUAUUAUAUAAUAAAAAGAAUUACUUAGACUUAGCUGCCCUCGGGCAUAUCUCCUUUCAUUUAAAAACCUAUUACUUUCCAGUUUGAGCUGGAAAACUGGUUCUCUAUGGGUUUAAUCACUGUUGGUAACUCUGUAGUUACUCAGUGGAUAAAAAGCUGACUGAUUGGAAAAA